UUGGUUCUCCUGCCAUCAAGAUCUGUCGGCCGUAGAAUCUGUCGCAUUCUCUGUUGCAUAAAACAGUCCUUGUGAGCGUGUGGCUCCCUCGCAACACAACAUUUUGAAUUCUCUGUUCAGAUUGUGAAGAAGAUGGGCGUCAGCAAAAUUGUCGAUGGGUCCCAGUUUGAGGUGAGGGUGGUGAAUUUGGCCGGAGAUGCGUACCCCGAAGUUGAAGGCCCUGAAUGCUCCCUUGUGGUCGCUGUUCCUUCAGAAAGCUUUGAGGUUCGAUGUCGCUCCCUUGCUUGCUCAUCUGCUUAUUAUAUCGCAAAACUGGAAGUCGACGGCAAAGAUUUGGGGUACGAUAUAAAGGGUGAGCCCUCCUCCUGGCGUACAUUCAAAGGAUUUCUCGUUGGUCGGGGAAAUACAUCCAUCUACAGACGCUUCGAAUUUGCACCACCGCAGAAAGUUGUAAGGGAUAGCAACCAGCAGCAGCCAGGAGAGUAUGAUGCUACUGCCAAGCUAGGUAAGCUGUCUGUGCACUUCUACCGUGCGGACAGGAUCGAGUGUAGAGGACGUGGGUGCAAAGUUUGCAAGUCUCGAGGGCAUCAUCGCAGUUCCAUCAUCGACAAUGCGGAGGGCCCUGGGCCAGGGGUGCUGGUACAGACCGAAGAGGACGACAAAAAAUUCUACACAGCCCCUAGUCUUUCUGUGAAAGCAGGCGAGGAGCUCAUAUUUCGGUCGGGGGAGAAGAAGAGAGCAUACCAUUUAAGGAGAGUGUCAAGCACGGCGAUUCUGGCAUUGAAUUUGCGAUGUGAAACGGCGGAAACAUUAAUGCUCCGCAAAGUACUUGACCCAGGGAAUCCGGAUCAUGUUCGUUUACUGCCAAAGCGAACCCAAGCUGGGAACAAGAGGUCUAAUGUUCUGUCCCCGCUUACCAAUAGAACGGCUUCCUCGCCGCGAGGCUUGACAGAUAGGCGAGGGAUCAACCCUGGGCAGCGAGGCUUGACGGAACUUGAAAAUGCCUGUGGGAUAUUGAAUGGGCAUGGUGCAGUGCUCAUGGCUGUUAAGGCAGACACAGACUUUGGUCUAGUUCAGCUGUUCGAUUCACAUGGUGUGGCGUGUCGUGGGGAUGAAAGCUGUAGAGAGACAGACAUUGUGGACACGGAUGCUGAACGCCAUGGGACAAGAGAUCAGGCAAUGUUCGUGCAACCUAGGACCCUGCAGAGGAACCAUGGCCGCGAUGACGAGGUAGCCCUCGUCCUUCUGCUGGAGUCCGAACAGAAACGCCCCAAGCGAGAGGGGUUUAAUGGUGCGCGACGUGCUAGUCCUGCGUUUCUGGAUCUUACAAAAGAACCUGACAACAAAGUCGCUGUCAAGGGCGAUAAGGUGGACGUCAAGGAUGAUGGAGAAUGUGAGAUCAUCAGUGUGAGGAAUCGGGGAAAACGUUGCUAUGACGACAAGGGUUGGAAAUAUGUUUCGGGGCAGAAAAAAGACUGUUCGUAGGCGGCGCGAUUCUUCCAUCUUUUGAGGAUUCUGCUGCAUCUGAGGGCGUACUCAAACCAGGACUUUUUCCGCUUCUCUGUGGAUGCAAUUGCAGUCAGCUGUCCGUAUGUGCGGCCUCUGUGCAGGGUUUCCUCCUGUCUUGCCUUUGCUGUAUAUAGUUCGCCAACGGGUGGACGUGGAUGAUCUCUAGCAUCAUCUGCAGAGUUCGUAUCCUUGCUGAAGCACAACCUUACAUAAGUGGAAGCAUGGUGGCGUUCUUACGUCUGUGUUAGAAUUGUAGAGAUACGGGGAGAGCAAAGUCUCUCUUCCUUUCUGUCUUCUUCUUUUUUUCCUUCCCAGACCUUGAAAUAAUUUUGGCUGUUGGGGCCAAGAAUGGUUGCUGAAUCCUUCAUUUUGCUGUAUUGGUAAAUUUCGUGGCAAAAGGGGAUUUGAAAUGAUGGAUGUAGUUCUGUUUGAGUUAUUGUAGUUCACCUUCGCUAGGUUUUAGGCAUUGUUGCAUGGAGCUGGAGAUGAGGGAAAGAAACGGAGAGUUUUGCAUUUCUAUCUAGAAAAUCGGGUUCGUCGGUAUCGUCAUUGAAUGUGUCGUUGCCAGCAGCAGUGUAGGAAAGCCUCCAGCUUGGAGUGGGUUGCUUCUCGCGAGUGUCGCUUGUCAGAGCGACUGCUGUUUGAUGCAAAAGCAGGUGCCAAGGAAUAAAGCUUUCAGAAAUGU